AUGGGAUUUUUUUCAUGUAUCAUAAAUAUGAUUAUAAAUACUUGCGUGUGUCUAGCAAGAAAUCAAAUGGAUUUCCAUGGUCAAAAGCUAGCAUUCUUAAUUAAAAAUAUAAUAUUUACAAUUUCUACAAUCGUUUCAAUAGUUAUAGGAUAUCAUAAACAAGAUCUAGCUUUAAGUACCUACAUUAUUUUGGCCGGAACAGCCUUAUCAAUCAUACUGAUAAUUCCGACAUGGCCAAUAUACAACAGACAUCCAAUUAGAUGGGAAGAAUCAUCAAUGACAAAAAAUAAAAAGAAAUAA